CUUUACUGGCAGACUGUGAAGGAAACCAUCCAAGGUACAAUCCAAAAACGAGUGGAUUGUGGUAAAAUAUAACAAGAAGCUCUUGUCUCAACUACAAGAGGAUCUAAGGAAAAGUUUACAUUCUUCCUUAGCGGAGUUUGCAGUGUUGUUUUGGAGUCAUGUGUUGUGGAGGGUGUGCAAAGUGCCUUGGAGUUGUUCUCAUUCCUCUGGCCAUACUAUGUACCAUUGCCAAUAUUCUGUUGUUUUUCCCUGGAGGAACUAUUCAAGAGAAGGACCAUAUUUCAGAUGAAGUCUGGUACUUUGGAGGCAUCUUGGGUUCUGGUGUACUGAUGUUUUUUCCUGCCUUGGUCUUUUUGGGGCUUAAGAAUAACGAUUGCUGUGGAUGUUGUGGUAAUGAAAGCUGUGGAAAGAGGUUUGCGAUGUUUUCUUCGAUAAUAUUUGCCGCAGUGGGUUUUGUGGGUGCCGGGUACAGCUUUAUUGUGUCAUCUGUGGCUCUGCACAACGGCCCGAAAUGUUACAGUAUGGAAAACACAAACAAAACCAUAUGGCAAUAUCCAUUUCAGGAUGGGGACUACCUAACAGACAAGGAACUGUGGAGUAAAUGCCAGUCACCAGAAUCCAUUGUGCCUUGGAAUUUAACUCUCUUCUCUCUGCUGCUGGUCAUGAGUGGAGCUCAGAUGGUGCUCUGUGCCAUUCAGGCUGUCAAUGGACUGCUUGGCACAAUCUGCGGGGACUGUAAAUGUUGCGGCUGCUGCAAAGGAGAUGGAGCAAUUUAAGCUGCAUGAAGAUUGCUGACAAUGCAAAGAAUGUCCUUCCAGACUUCCCUCUUGAUCUGAUGGUCUAAGUGCCUUUUGCAAGUUGUAAGAUGAGGAGUAUUUCCUCAUUCUUUCAGAGGAACCCUGAUAGCCUUUCAUUGACAUUUCACAGCUCCUAAUGAAUUUAGCAGUAGUUUGACCUAUAUUGUAUUUAUUUGUGUAAUAAGCAUUUUUCCAAAACAAACCUUUGGGGAAAGAAAUGUGCUUCUUUCUCUCACUAGUCAAACUUUUUUCCUGAGAGCAAAAUGCUCUGUACUAUGAGUGGGGUAAGAGGACAGAGCGCAGCAGGGGGAAUGCAGCUGAAUUUGCCCUGGCACAUGUAUUCUUAGGAAACUAAACCAGCUUCCCUUCUUUCACUGUGUUACUUUCCCAGUCAGCAACCAUUUGCUCCCUGCCUAACAUUCCCUUUCCUUCUAGGCUGCUUCUGGGCAACCAGUUCAUAUCAUAGGUCACCUUUACAACAGUCGACUAAUUAGGAUUGCCAUGUAUGUAAACAGGCAAAAAUAAAGAAAUCUGCCACCUUCCCCUUUCUCCCCAUCACGGUGAUAGAUUCAAAAAAGCUUUAUCUGUUGAUUUCUGUCAGUCCCUGCACUUCCAAUGGAGACUUCAAGAGGACUGAAAAUGGAUCUACAGUAUCUGCUUCCCCUUCCAAGUCUGAGGGUGUUGCUUCAGGGCAGACAUCCCUAAUCUGGUGUCCUUCAGAUGAUGAUAGAUUACAACACUGGAGAAGAUGAGCACUGUAAUUCAACACAUCUGAGGGGUACCAGGUUGUUGCUUUACCUUGCAACUGUGCAUACCAGUCAGCACUAUGCACUGGCCUGGUUUGCACAAGACAACAACCCACCAUAGGUGAAUUUACCUUGAGCAGUUGCAGCAUGUGCCAGGCACCAUCAUGGGUAGGGAACCCCAGCUAGGCUAGGCAAUGCUACAGCUCAUCCUGUCAUGCCAACCGGACUGAUGAGGGUUGUUUUAAGGGUUAACCGCUGUUUUUUCAGGGUUAAACCACUCACUGUGGCUUAGCCCUCAAAGUACUGAUGGGCUGCCCUUUGAAUAGGAUCUGUGCUGGGUCUUGCUUGUGAAGCUGCAAGAGGACAGUCCUUGUGAAUCCAGAGUUGGUUCUGGGCUUCCUGGCUGACAGACUAGCCCAUGCCAUCUUCUCAUAUCAGAAAGACACCAAGAUGUACGUGCUCUUAGCCCGGAGGAGGCUUCUGUGCAUUUGAUUGCUGCUUCACCAAGAGAGGGUAAACUGAAGCAGAUUUUCAUGGCAACUGUGAGGUGAGGGACAUUCCCGACCACAUCUGUUAAAAGCACAGAAGCUUAUGAACUCAUGAAGGCUACAGGUGAAUUCCCUGUCUUGUCCCUAAAGGGGGAAACCUUCAGUGGUUUCAUUUCUUUGUGUUAUUGUGCCUUUCUAGACAGAGGAGCAAGGCCAGGGGAAAAAAGUUUUCAACCCUGGUGGUCUGGCAUCAAGCCUUACCUUUGCUGAGAAUCUGAUAAUACAACUGCAGCUGCCAUUUCAUUACUGUUCUUGUUUUAUUUUAUGUGCAUGGAGCUUCAGUUCCACAAGGCUGUGCCAUUUUCCCAAAGAUUUCUUUGUAUAUACUUACAUGAAGACCUUUGUGCUGAAAAAUAUUCUGCAAACCAUUAAAGGUGUUUCUUUUUC